CAAACUCGCUGUGUGCGCGCGGGGAGGGUAUUUUCUUUUGCCCAAGAUGCAGGUGGAUCGGAGCCGCGUGGUUUCCAGUGCGUGGUGCGCGUGUCUGCUUUUACUUUACUCAACUCCAAGCACCAGGGUCACUGAGGUGGGAGCCACCCACCAAAGCAUCCCCCCGUCCGUGGUGAAGCUUUGGGCUUCAGCGUUUGGUGGAGAGAUAAAGUCCAUCUCCGCAAAGUACUCCGGCUCCCAGCUGCUGCAGAAGAAAUACAAGGAGUUUGAGCGGGCGGUGCAGGUGGAGGAGAUUGAUGGGCUGCGGCUGGUGAAGAGGCUGGCGGAGGACAUGGAGGAGAUGUUUCACAAGAAAGCACAGGCGAUGAAGAGACUGGUGGAGGCAGCGGAGGAAGCCCACCUGCAGCACGAGGAGGAUCCAGACCUACAGUAUGAAUACUUCAAUGCAGUGCUGAUCAAUGAGGUGGAUGAGGAGGGGAACAGCGUAGAGCUCGGAGGGGAAUUCAUCCUGCAACCCAAUGACCACUUUAACAACCUGUCAGUCAACCUCAGCCUCAGCACGGUCCAGGUGCCCACCAACAUGUACAACAAAGAUUCUGCUAUUGUCAACGGUGUGUUCUGGUCUGAGGCCUUGAAUAAAGUGUUCGUGGAUAACUUUGAGAGAGACCCAUCGCUCAUAUGGCAGUACUUUGGCAGUGCUAAAGGAUUUUUCAGGCAAUAUCCAGGAAUCAAGUGGAAGCCAGACGAACACGGGGUCAUUGCUUUCGACUGCCGUAACCGGAAGUGGUACAUCCAGGCUGCCACCUCCCCGAAAGACGUGGUGAUCCUGGUGGAUGUGAGCGGCAGCAUGAAAGGCCUCAGGCUGACCAUUGCCCGACAGACGGUCUCCUCCAUCCUCGACACUCUUGGAGAUGAUGAUUUUUUCAACAUCAUCGCUUACAAUGAGGAACUUCAUUACGUGGAACCUUGUCUGAACGGAACUCUGGUCCAGGCGGACGUCCCCAACAAAGACCACUUCCGGGAGCACCUGGACAAGCUGUUCGCUCAAGGCAUUGGCAUGUUAGACAUGGCUCUGACUGAGGCCUUCCAUCUUCUGAGUGCCUUCAACGAGACUGGCCGGGGGAGUGAGUGCAGCCAAGCCAUUAUGUUGGUGACAGAUGGGGCAGUGGACACGUAUGAUGCCAUCUUUGCCAAAUACAACUGGCCAGACAGGAAGGUCCGCAUAUUCCCUUACCUGAUUGGACGAGAGUCAGCCUUCGCAGAUAAUCUGAAAUGGAUGGCGUGUGCUAACAAAGGAUACUUCACUCAGAUUUCCACACUUGCCGAUAGGCAGGAGAAUGUGAUGGAGUACCUCCACGUCCUGAGUCGUCCCAAGGUCAUCGACCAGGAGCACGACACGGUGUGGACUGAGGCCUACAUCGACAGCACCAUGGAGGACGGUCAGAGUCCAGUUCUGAUGACCACGGUGGCAAUGCCUGUGUUCAGCACCAAGAAUGAGACGAGAAACAGUGGCAUCCUUCUAGGGGUUGUUGGGACAGAUGUGCCCGUGUCCGAGCUGCUCAAGACCAUCCCCAAAUAUAAGCUGGGCAUUCACGGUUACGCCUUUGCAAUCACCAACAACGGCUACAUCCUUACGCACCCAGAUCUACGGCCACUUUACGGGGACAGCAAAAAGCGGAGGAAGCCAAACUACAGCAGUGUGGAUCUGUCUGAGGUGGAAUGGGAGGAUAAGGACGACACGCUGAGAAAUGCCAUGGUCAACAGGAAGACGGGGAUCUUCUCCAUGGAGGUGAAGAAGAGCGUCGACAAAGGGAAGCGUGUGUUGGUGUUGCAUAAUGAUUACUACUACACAGAUAUCAAGGGGACACCUUUCAGUCUAGGUGUAGCUCUUUCCAGAGGCCACGGGAAGUUUUUCUUCAGAGGGAACGUCACAGUGGAAGAAGGGCUUCAUGACUUGGAGCAUCCUGAUGUGGAGCUGGCAGACGAAUGGACUUACUGCAACACAGACGAGCACCCGGAACAUCGCUACCUGUCCCAGAUAGAGGCGAUCAAACUCUACCUCAGUGGUCAUGAACCCCACCUGCAGUGUGACAAGGAGCUGAUUCAGGAGGUUCUCUUUGAUGCGGUAGUGACUGCCCCUUUGGAGGCCUACUGGACCAGCAUGGUGCUCAAUAAGUCUGAGAACUCUGAUAAAGGAGUGGAGAUCGCGUACCUGGGCACGAGAACAGGCCUUUCCAGAAUCAACCUGUUUGUGGUGCCUGACCAGCUCACGAACCAAGACUUCCUGACAGCUGAAGACAAAGAGGGGGUGUUCAACGCCGAUCACUUUCCCCUCUGGUACAAGAGAGCGGCAGAACAAGUUCCGGGCACCUUCGUCUACUCUCUACCUUUCAACUCAGGAACCGAAAACAAGAGUGUUGUAUUGGCCAGCACCGCCAUUCAGCUUCUGGAUGAGAGGAAAUCGCCCAUAGCUGCGGCUGUGGGUAUCCAGAUGAAACUGGAGUUCUUUCAGAGGAAGUUCUGGACAGCCAGCAGACAGUGUGCAGCGUUGGAUGGGAAAUGCUCCAUCAGCUGUGAUGAUGAGAAUAUCAACUGCUACCUCAUCGACAACAAUGGCUUCGUUCUGGUGGCCGAGGACUAUACUCUGACGGGGAAAUUCUUUGGAGAAGCAGAGGGAGCUGUAAUGAGUAAGCUUCUGCAGAUGGGCUCUUUUAAGAGGGUCACUCUGUACGACUACCAGGCUCUUUGUUGGGUUUUUUCAGAGAGCAGCGGCAGUGGACACACACUGCUGGAUCCUUACUUUGCUUUCUUCACAGCCGUGAAGUGGAUCCUGACCGAGCUUGUCAUAUUCCUGCUCGAGUUCAACUUGUACAGCUGGUGGUAUUCUGACAUCACAGUUAAAGCUCAGCGGAUUGGUCGGACCACGCAGGUACCAUGUGACACCGAGUACCCGGCCUUCGUCUCUGAGAGAACCAUCAAAGAGAACACAGGCAACAUCGACUGUGACGGCUGCAUCAAGUCCUUCGUGAUCCAGCAGAUCCCCAGCAGUAAUCUCUUCAUGGUGGUGGUGGACAGUAAGUGCGACUGCAGCAUGUUCGAGCCAAUCACCAUGGACCCCAUCGAAAUCAUGUAUAUCCUUCACUGGCCAAAGACGGGAGAACUGGGGGAAAACUCAAUGGAGUGCGGAGGCGUCGGUUCUCUCGCUCCGUCUCUUGCGGCGACGCUGCUCUGCGUCCUAUUGGCCCUGUUCCCCAGGUGA